CUUACGCAGAUGCGCGACGAGAUGCGCCUUUCAUACAUUCCGGCCAUGCUGAUGGCCACCAGCUUGCUACUCAUGGCUGCUUCAUCUCCUGCUCCGAGCAACAGCACCGACCUUGCGCCGCUGCUGGCUUUCAAAUCCCAGCUCUCCGACCCUUCGGCUACCAUUGCCAAUAACUGGACAACUUAUGCGUCCUUCUGCAGCUGGACCGGUGUGUCGUGCAGCCGCCGUCACCACCAGCGUGUCACUGCUUUGGAGCUGCCGGACAUUCCGCUUCAUGGAGAGCUCAGCCCUCACCUCGGUAACCUCUCUUUCCUCCACACCAUCAACCUAACCAACACAAACCUCACUGGUUCUAUCCCAGCUGAGCUUGGAAGAUUAGCUCGUCUUAGGUAUCUUGAUCUUGGCUACAAUAGCCUGUCGGAUACAAUCCCGUCUAGUGUAGGAAACCUCACGAAGCUCCAAUUUCUUGUCCUAAAUUUCAACCAGCUCUCGGGGCAGAUCCCCGGUGAGGUGCGAAACAUGCGUAGCCUUAGGUACUUCUCUCUCGUAACAAAUUCCAUUACGGGCCUCAUGCCGAAUUUUUCAUUGACAACACACCUUCACUGAGCUACAUAAUUAUGAUGAACAACAGUCUGUCUGGCCCAAUACCAUCUGGUAUUGGCUCCUUGCUCAUGCUCAAGUUUCUUUACUUGAAGUGGAACCAGCUCACUGGUCCAGUACCUCCACCAUCUUCAACAUGUCGAGGAUUGUUGACAUGCGUCUGGGGAACAACAAUCUAACAGGUCAUAUACCAGAAAAUAGAAGCUUUAGCCUCCCCAUGUUGCAACAAUUUGAUCUCUAUCAGAACAAAUUCGAGGGUCAAAUUCCAUUGGGCCUUGCAUCGUCCCAGCAUCUUCAGCUACUUUCCGUUGCUGCAAAUCUAUUUGUGGAUGUGGUGCCGGUAUGGCUGGCUAAGCUACCACAACUUACGCUGAUUUCUAUGGGUGACAAUGCCCUAGUUGGCCCGAUCCCGCCUGUGCUUGGAAAUCUCACCAUGCUCAACUUCCUUGACAUCUCGUACUCCAACAUAAGCGGAGAUAUUCCUGUGGAAUUGGGAGAACUGAGACAACUGACUUGGUUGCACCUUUCGGACAAUCAACUAACAGGUCCCUUACCAGAAUUUCUAGGAAAUUAUUCAAAAAUGUCUGUCUUAAGUUUGGGAUGGAAUCGGCUGACUGGACCAGUACCGUCAACACUUGGAAAUAACAGGCCUCUAGUGUAUCUUGAUAUUCGAGAGAAUCAUCUCCAAGGGGAUCUUGGUUUCUUGGCCAGCCUUUGCGAUUGUCGGCAACUUCAAACCCUUGCCAUAUCAAAUAAUCCUUUCUCUGGGAGUAUCCCCAGCUAUUUCGGUAACCUCUCGACUAACCUGGUAGUAGUUGAAGCAAAGAAUAACCAUUUGGUUGGUGGGAUUCCAGAAACACUAUCAAAUCUUAGUGGUCUUCGUCUGAUAAGCUUUUCCAACAACCAUCUUACCAAAGAAAUACCAGAAUCCAUCUCUAAGUUGGAGAAUCUCCAGGCACUUGAUCUCGCUGGAAAUAGAAUGGUUGGCCAAAUCCCUGUACAAAUUGGUAUGCUGAGAAAUAUUGUAGAGUUACAACUCUCGGACAAUAUGUUAUCUGGCUCCAUACCAUAUGCCAUGGACAACCUCACCAUGUUAGAGCACGUUUCAUUAUCUUAUAACCAUCUAUCUUCGACAAUACCAUCAAGCUUCUUUUAUCACAGUAACCUUAUCCAACUAGAUCUGUCACAUAAUUCCCUAACCGGUACAUUACCUUCUGAACUUAGCCAUAUGCAAAGUAUGGACGUGAUGGAUCUUUCUAGUAACCUCUUGGGUGGUAGCCUUCCAAGUUCAUUCGGACAGGUUGCCAUGUUAUUAACCUACCUAAAUCUUUCACACAGCUCAUUUAAGGGUUUAGUCCCAAACUCUUUCGGCCGCUUAACCAACUUAGAAACAUUGGACCUAUCGUCAAACAAUCUUUCAGGUACAAUACCAGAAUACCUCGUUAACUUCACCUACCUUUCUUCUCUGAACCUCUCCUUCAAUAGGUUAGAAGGGCAAAUACCAAAUGGAGGUGUUUUCUCAAACAUCACCUUGCAAUCUUUGAUGGGGAAUGUUGGGCUAUGUGGUGCUCCUCGUCUAGGACUGUCACCGUGUCCGCACAAGUCUCACUUGACUUAUAGUCGACACAUCCUCAAAUUUAUACUCCCGGUUGUCAUCAUUGAGUUGGUGCAUUUGCAACCACCAUGUACCUAAUGGUCAGAAAGAAAAAUAAGAAACAAUCUUAUGGUACGGCUUCUACUAGCAUGACUGAUCUGAUCAGCCAUAGGUUAGUAUCCUACCAUGAGAUUGCUCGUGCCACUGAAAAUUUCAAUGAGGACAACCUACUUGGUACCGGUAGUUUUGGCAAAGUUUUCAAAGGCCAACUAGAUGAUGGUUUGGUGGUUGCAAUAAAAGUGCUCAAUAUGCAAGUCGAGCAGGCUGUGAGGAGUUUUGAUGCUGAAUGUCAAGUGUUGCGCAUGGCUCGGCAUCGCAACUUAAUACAAAUAUUAAAUGCGUGUUCCAGCCUGGAUUUCAAGGCACUGCUCCUUCAGUACAUGCCCAAUGGUAUCAUGGAGACACACUUGCACAAUGAAAUAAGGGAACCACUAAGAUUCAUCCAGAGAUUGGACAUUAUGCUUGGCGUGCCAGAGGCAAUGGAGUACCUGCACCAUCAUCAUUUCCAAGUUGUCUUGCACUGUGACCUGAAGCCUAGCAAUGUGUUGUUCGAUGACGACAUGACGGCGCAUGUUGCCGACUUUGGCAUUGCAAAGUUACUUCUACGUGAUGACAACUCCAUGGUUUCAGCAAGUAUGCCGGGGACAAUUGGGUACAUGGCCCCUGAGCUAGCAUUCAUGGGAAAGGCAUCACGAAAGACUGACAUGUUCAGCUUCGGGAUCAUGUUGCUUGAAGUCUUCACAGGGAAGAGGCUCACAAACGCUAUGUUCGUUGGAGAAUCUAGCCUUUGGCAGUGGGUUUCGCAAGCAUUUCCAGCAAAGCUCGUUGAUGUUUUGGAUGAGAAGCUACAGCAGGGUGAAGAAAUGAACCUUGCCUUCCAUCACCAAACAAUUAAUACUUCAUCGUCGUCAUCCUCCAUUUCCUGCAAUGGAAACUUUCUUGUGUCGAUAUUCCAGCUGGGUCUAGAGUGUUCGGACGAUUCUCCCAGUCAGAGGGCAAGCAUGAGCGACGUGGUCGUGAGGCUCAAAAACAUUAAAAAGGAUUACUCUGCUUUCAUGGCGGCAACUCAAAGCGCGCAACAACGUUCAUGAGAUAAUGUUUUAGUGCAUCUAUGUAGUGCAUAAUUUUCACUUUUCCACUCAUAUGGUAGUUAUUUUAAGAAAAUAGCAAUACACCUGUGGAAAGAGGAUUUUCUGCAACUGGUUGCCGGUGCAAGUAAUAUUCUCUCUCCUCUUCAUUUUUUUCUGAUUCUCAAAAAAUGUGAAAUAAUUCAGGAAUGUUAGUAAUGCUACGUAAUGUGUACUUGUAAAGAUUCA